UCUGGCCCAAAUAUGUGCAUUCUAUUUAUUGAUUUUUAUCUUUGAUAUUUUUGUCCGAUUAUCACCGUGGCCAAACAAAGCGCUACUACUCUCUGCUCAACGGCUAAGCCUCAGAAUUUCAGGCUUUGUUUUAGCAUUGUCACUGUCAAUGUUGUAUGCAGUUUCCACCCCUAAUACUUGCAUUUCCUGUCCCAGAAACUCCUUUUUUCGACCAAGGCAUCUAGCUUCCACCAGACUGUCUAUACGUGUUUCAUUACCUGAAAAUGGCAAUGGAGUUGCUAAAAUCGAGUAUACUCCUUGGCUAAUCGUUGGAUUGGGUAACCCUGGAAAUAAGUACCAUGGCACUAGGCACAAUGUUGGUUUUGAAAUGAUUGAUAAAAUCGCUAAAGCAGAAGCUGUUGCAAUGAACACAAUUCAAUCGAAGGCUCUCAUUGGAAUAGGUUGCAUCAAAGAGGUCCCAAUUUUGUUAGUAAAACCUCAGGCAUACAUGAAUUUUAGUGGGGAAUCAGUUGGACCUCUUGCUGCACAUUAUCAAGUACCUCUACGUCAUAUUUUAUUGAUCUAUGAUGAGAUGAGCUUACCUAAUGGUGUCAUGAGACUUCAGCCAAAAGGAGGACAUGGCCAUCACAACGGAGUGAAGAGCGUGAUGGAACAUUUGGAUGGUUGCCGAGAAUUUCCUCGACUUUGUAUAGUACAUUUCUUUUUCCUUGCAGGUAUUGGAAAUCCGCCUGGCACCAUGGACAUGAGAGCCUUUCUUCUACAGAAGUUCAGUUCAACAGAGAGAGAACAAAUUGAUGCAGCGUUAGGACAAGGGAUUGAUGCUGUGAGGACUCUGGUGCUGAGUGGAUUCAACCAAAAUAUCACCAGAUUUAAUCUCGGACAGAAAUAUAAGUAUCACAAAGUUUAAAUCGAACAAGGGUUAGAUCGAAACAAAGUCAUAGCAAUCAAGUUGGGAUCUCCUGGAACUGAACCAAGAGAUGAAAUUUCCUGUAGUCUUCCUUCCUUGCCGUUGCUGCAGUAUGUAGAUGCAUUAAUGUCAAUGGUGCCUUUUUUCUUCUAAUUUUCUUUAUCUUUUGAAUAUUUUAUUUACGGUGUGAAGUAUGCCUGAUUGAAAAGCAAGAUCGAGUUUAUGAGAAGAAAUGGAUUCUUGUUACAAUAUCAUGGAGUGAUAAUCAGGAGCCUCAAGCUCAACCAAGCCAAAGUGUCAGUCAUGCUUAAAACAGCUGUACUUUCUGUAUAUUAUAGUUCUUGAAGUUGUUAUUCUAAAAGUUGCAAGGUAAAGGUAAUUAGAUAAGAUAUGUCUGAAGGACUAUUAUCAA